UGAGCCGCUGGCGCGGGGACGAGCUGCUGGCGCACCACCGGCCGGAGGACGGGCCCCCGUGACCGUCGCUGGGCGGCGAGCGGCUGCGAUGGCGACGGCGAUGGCAGCGACGGCGGCGGAGCGGGCGGUGCUGGAGGAGGAGUUCCGCUGGCUGCUGCACGACGAGGUGCACGCCGUGCUGAGGCAGCUGCAGGACAUCCUCAAGGAGGCCUCUCUGCGCUUCACUUUGCCGGGCUCCGGCUCCGAGGGGCCCGCCAAGCAGGAGAACUUCAUCCUGAGCAGCUGUGGCACAGACCAGGUGAAGGGCGUGCUGACUCUGCAAGGAGACGCGCUGAGCCAGGCGGACGUGAACCUGAAGGUGCCCCGGAACAGCCAGCUGCUGCACUUUGCUUUCCGGGAGGACAAGCAGUGGAAGCUGCAGCAGAUCCAGGAUGCCAGGAACCACGUGAGCCAAGCUAUUUACCUCCUCACCAGUCGGGAUGAGGGCUACCAGUUUAGGACUGGAGCAGAGGUCCUCAAGCUGAUGGAUGCCGUGAUGCUGCAGCUGACCAGAGCCCGGAACCGGCUCACCACCCCCGCCGCCCUCACUCUGCCUGAGAUCGCUGCGAGCGGCCUCACGCGGAUGUUCGCCCCCGCCCUGCCCUCUGAUCUGCUGGUCAACGUCUACAUCAACCUCAACAAGCUCUGCCUCACUGUGUACCAGCUGCACGCCCUGCAGCCCAGCUCCACCAAGAACUUCCGCCCUGCAGGUGGCGCAGUGCUCCACAGCCCUGGGGCCAUGUUUGAAUGGGGUUCCCAGCGCCUGGAGGUGAGCCACGUGCACAAGGUGGAGUGUGUGAUCCCGUGGCUCAAUGACGCCCUCGUCUUCUUCACUGUCUCCCUGCAGCUCUGCCAACAGCUCAAGGAUAAGAUCUCUGUGUUCUCCAGCUACUGGAGCUACAGACCUUUCUGAGCGAGCACCCAAGAGCCUGUCUCCCAGGAAGUGGCCCCAGCCCAGGGGUUCCCUGUGCCCCCCCCACACCCCUUGGAGUGCUGGCCAGAGCUGGGAAACGUGGGCUGUUUAUUUCCCUCUUUGCCCCAUCCUACCUGUCACAUUUCCACAGAUGAGAGUGAACACUGGAACCCUGGGAGGAGGGGGUGCUGCCUGGCUUUUUGUUUGGACGGGAGUGUCAGGAAGUCAGGGCUGAGAGGUGGCUCAUGUCCGAGCCCUGCCCUCCUGGCAUGGCACCGCGAGAACCCUUGGACUCAGGGAGGGGUCAGCCCAGGGCGCCCCUUUCCCACGUGGCUUCCUGCCAACCUGCCUCCAGGAUGGUGAGGGUGGCCGCACUACCCUUCCAGCUAGAGGGUGAGGGGUGGGUGGUGGCCCUGAGCUGGGAGGCAGGUGGAGGAAAGGGGAAGACAAGCCACCCGCUGUGAGCUAUGGUGCCCUUGACUUUCCCGUCACACCUGGCAAGGCCACCAAGAAAUAAAGAUCAUCCAACUUUA